AUGAUGGAUGCCGCGGAAGGCUCUCCGGGGCUGGGCAGAGCCGCAGGCUUCGCCGCUGUGCGCUUGCGACAGCAGAGACGACAAAUGGAACUGUUGACGGAGAUGACGAAAAACCUGUGUGAAGAAACAAAAAAGGCCAAUGCUCAGCCAGUUGCCGCCCCUUCGGCUCCGGAGUUGCUUCGCCUUCGCUGUGAGAACGAGGAGCUGCGCAUGGCCCAGCGGAAGAAAGAGAGCGAACUAUCCGCGGCAAAAUCGGCGCACUGGCAAGUCGUUUCUCAGUUGGAGCAGCGCAUUCAUGCCCUCGAGACAAAUGUGGCAGCGGCCAAGGCAGCGGUCAAAGAAGUUGAACUCCUGGGCAACCGGCGCGUGCUGGAGCUCCGGAAGCUUGUCUCUGACUCCGAAGAGAAGAAUUCGCUCUUGACAGCUAAAGUGGAGAAGGCCGAGGCGGAGAUGAGCGCUCUCCGAGCACAGACGGACAGGGGUCGGGCCGAGGCAGAAGAAGAGCGGAAAAGACUUGACGAGCAGUUCUUCGACCUCCAGAAGUCUCUGCAGAAGGAACGGGAAGACAGAGACGAGGCUCAGCAGCAAGUCAUGAAACUGACGGGCCAGCUGGCGGAGAAGGACGAGGAACUCGCGAUCGAAAGAGCGGCCAAAGCUGAGGCGACUGAAAGACUCGAAAAAGAUUUCGCUUUUCAACGGGAGACGCUCGAGAGCGUCAUCAGCGGUCUGCAGAGGAACUUGCGCGAAGUGGCGGCGGCCAAGGAAUCCGACAUGGACGACCGUGCGUUGUACGCAGAAAUGAAGGCAAAGUGCACGAAGUACGCAGAGCAAGUGCAGGCGCUACAGAAGGAGGUCGUGGAAGCCGCGCGUCAACAGGAAGCUCUCGAGCAGCAGCGACAGCAGGUGGACCAGCAGAAGAGACAAGAGCGGGAGUUGGAGGAAACCACGCGGGCUCUGCGAGAGACCGAACUGGUGAAGGAACAGCGAGAACGCGAUCUACAAGAAUGGGAAAAACUGGCUGCCUCUUUUGUGUUGGAUGAACCCCCGAGUCGAGAGGCGUUUCGACGGUACCUGCUUCUCCUCGUGAAUGCGCUCCAAGCUCUCCAGUUUGAGAAAACGACGGCGAACGCCCAGAUCGAAAGCCUGCAGCAGAGGCUGAAGGAGACUGAGGAGACGCUCAAGGCGAGGCAGGAGACGGAGAAGCUGCUGGAGGCGAAACUCGUGCAGGCCGAGCAGCGAUCGACGCACUUGGCACGCGAAGCUUCAGAGGCCAAACAACAAACCGAGAUCCUAAAGAUUCGCCUGGCAGGGGCGCUCAGCGCAACGAGCGAGGAAGUGACGCGCCUGCUGACUUCUGCGCGCGCGUCGGACGAAGCGAAGAAGAGGGACACGAACCCUGCGCAGGCCGGCGAGGCGCCCGACCAGCCAGAGGGACACACCGGAGACGCGGCCUCCCUGGAGACCAAGAUCCGCGAACUGCAUGCACAGGCAGAGGCGUCCGAAAGAAUCAUUUCGCAUCUCGAGAACGCGAAGGCGCGACUGGAGAGCGAAUUCAAGGCGGCUCAGCAACUCGCUGAGGCCUCUGUUACGCUCCAGCGAGAAAAAGAUGAGCUUGCGACCGCAAACAGCCAGUUGACUGCGGAGCUCCAGCGGGCUGCGGAUCGCGUCUCCGAGCUCCACCGUCGCGCGGAAGCCUCUCAGCGCGAAGCAACCGAUUUGCGGGUGCAAGCGGGCAGAGAACGGAACUUGCAAGGCAAUCUGCAACGCGCACGCGAGCGAAUUGCCUCUCUCGAACUCCAGCUAGCUCGAGGCGCUCCAGACUCUCAGCAGCUCCAGAGACAAGUCGAGACGCUGACGGCAGAGGUCGCCGGGGCGAAAGAGAGACUCAAACUGCUCAAGGACAGCUACACAAAGCAAAUUUCGGGCGUUCGCGACGCAAUCUAUCACACGCUGGGGUGGAGUAUUUCGUACAGAGCGCCUACAGGAAGUCAAGAGGAAUCUGUGACGCUGCAAAGCUUGUAUUCCACACACGACGGCCUUGUCGUUUUUACGCGCGGAAACGCCGCUGGCGGAGAGGCCUCCGAGAGCUCCGCCGACGAAAGUGGGGGCCCCGCGAGCCGCAAAAGAAGAAGAGGCUCGACAGACAGCGCGCAGAGUGUGGGGCGCGAGGGUGAGACGAGGGACGAAGAAAAAGAGAGGGGACAGUCCGGAGCGGGGAAGGGGAUCCCCGAAGGCGCCGCCGCUGGCCCUCCUGCCCCAGAAAACCCACAGCGCGACAAGUUUCUCUCGCGUUUCGCCAAAGAGAGAUUCCGCGUUAGCUUUCUCAACGCCUAUGCCACGAAAUACGAAAAAGACGACCAAUUUAGAGCACGGUGUGCGAGUCUUGCGUGGCCAGCCUUCACAGCCAUGCUCUGUCUCGACGAGCUCCAAGCCAUUCGAGCUCAGUUUGGGAGUCGCAUUCCGAAAAAUGUCCACGGCAUGUUGCUUCCCAUGCCGUAA